AUGAGCUCAUCCAACAACUCCUCAUCAGAUGAUCAAACAUCUCCUCCCUCCUUCUAUGAAAUUUCCGAUGAACAACUUCAACAAUGUGUUCGUAAAGCAAUCAUGAAAGUACUUCCUCAACUCAUCGAUGACGAGGACAUUCUCGAUCAUGUUGUGAAUGAAUUGAUCAAUGACAAUGUCAAUAUGCUCUCACAAAGUGGUGCCAUUGAUUUUGAUGACGUUGCUGCUAGUGCCUAUGAUCAUAUUAAAUCAUCAGCUACCAAAUUAUCCUUUGCUGCUCUUUCCAACACAAAGGGUGAAAAGAAGCAACAAAGUCAAACGCUCAUCAUUAAUAUUCUUUCCGAACAUUUAAUUAAUUAUGACGUGAGUGACGAUGAUGAAGAAGAAAUUUCUCAAAUUUGUCACGAAAUUCAAGAACAUUUCCGAAAUAUUCGACUAGGUCAAUAUGCAGAUUAUGGAGUGAACAUUGGUGAUGCUGAUGACGAUGAUGGUGCCUAUGUAGAAGAUGGUUGUUGUGUCAUGUGUGAAAGAGAAAUGAAACUCACUCGACACCAUUUAAUUCCCAGAACUUGUCACAAAAAGUAUCUCAAGAGAGGUCAAUACACCAAAGAACACUUGAAUAAGUGUAUUCUAAUUUGUAGAGUAUGUCAUGAUGCUGUUCACUCAUUCAUUUCACUGGAUGAUAUGGCUGAACAUUAUCAUACACUCGAAACCAUUUUAAGUCAUCCAAAGGUUCAACGAUGGAUUCCCUAUGUUUCCAAGCAACGAACAGGAAAGAAGUUUAGAUUCUAA